AUGGGCCGGGAGUCCCAUUUAGACUAUCAACCACCGUCGCCUAUAUUUUCUAUAUCUGUAUGCCUUACGAAAGAUUUUAUACAUGCCGUCUUUGGUGAUACCGUAUACGGUCGUUGGAAGGGAAUAACUACAGGACUUCGGAAGGAAGCCUUUCACGAACCAAAGAUCCACCAUAUUCAUCGGAAAGCCCAAGGAUCUGCUGUGCGUGUUUUCCUCGGUACAAUCAACUUGACACUGAUCUACUUUCAUGGGGUGGAAAACAUUUCUCAUAUGCUAAUCAUGGCUCAUGGGCUAGGGAGUCAAUACGGAAGUGAUCUCGGUGCUCCGUCGGGAAUUCCAAUCGUUGAAAAAAGAAAUUCGAGAGCUAAGAGCUAUUCAAUUUACCAGGAUCUUCGGCGUGCAGAUGUCCUUGGGAACCCUGAGCUCAACCGAGCCUUGAUCACUGACUUUCAUCUAACUUGGAUCCCCAUCAAAAUCCCGAGCGAAGAACAGAUCAAAAUAGAUAGGGUCACUGAAUAG